GAAGCCACCACUAGUCAAGUUUUCGAGUGACUCUAACCAGUGACAUUCAUUCUUGUUACCUUUCAAAAUACUUCUUUUUCUUCUGCCCUUCAGGAGACUAUAACAUCCUGCAUUUCAGUCUCUGAGAGUUUACUGAUUUGUCUUCCUACUCAACUAAAAUAAGAAGUGACUUCUGCAUCUCUGAAGAUCUCAAGAUCUGGACCACUGUGGAAGAAAUUUCCUGUGAGGUCAUCCAUAACUUGAGAAAUGGAGAAUGAAUGCAAGAAAAUUGUUCUGCUUAAAGGAUUGGAGCCCAUCAGUGAUUAUCAUUUCAGCGUGGUUAAGUCUUUAUUGGCCAGUGAUUUACAACUGACUAGAAAAACUCAAAAUAAAUAUAAUAAAAUUCAGAUUGCUGACUUGAUGGCAGAAAAGUUCCGAGGGGCUGCCAGUGUUGAGAAACUAAUAGAAUUAUACAAAGACAUAGAAGAACUUAAAGAUCGUGCCAAAAUUCUUAAAAAUGAGAUAUCAAAAGUUCUAAUGAGAUGGAAAGCAAGAGGAACAACCCCAGUGAAAAAAAGCAAGCAGGAUAAACCCAGUACUGACGAAUCUACAACCACCACAAACAAAGGUUUUGGACCUGAAUCAAUCAAUGAUAUGCCUAUGUUGAAGCAGAAAAAGAAAAACAAAACCACAAAAACUGAUGAAUCUAAUUUGCAGCUACCCUGGGAACAGAGUCAGCUUGCAGAACCUUCGGUAACCAGCACACAGUCAGCUGAGAGCCUUCCCCAGACUCCUCAGAUGCCUCCACCAGCCCCGUCCAGCAGUUCAUCAACCAAGAAAAGGAAACACAUCACCAAUAAAACUGAGGAAUCCAAGAGAAUGAAACUAUUCCAAGAGCAGAGUCAGCUUCCAGAAUCUUCAACAACCAGCACAUGCCCAACUGAGGGCUGUCUCCAAACUCCUCAGAAGCCACCAUCAACCCCAUCCAGCAGUUCCUUAACCAAGUAGAAACCAAGAUUGAAGGCUGUACCUAAAGAAGCUUCCAAAGAGGAGAAUUUCCAGAGGGGCCCCAAAGAAGUGAUGGUACUGAAAGCCACAGAACCAUUUACAUAUGCCGUCAGCGAAGGGGAGAGAAAGAUGUUUCAUGCCACAGUGGCUACUGAGAGCGAAUUCUUCCAAGUGAAGGUGUUUGAUGUCAGCUUGAAGGAGAAGUUCAUCCCAAAGAAAGUCAUUGCCAUAUCAGAUUAUAUUGGCCGCAGUGGGUUCCUGGAGGUCUACAAUGUCUCACGUGUGUCUGAUGUUAAUGCUGACCGAAAGAUGGAGGUCUCAAAGCGACUCAUUACAAAUGCUACUUCAACUCCUAAAAUCAUUCAUCUGUACUCGCAAGCUCCAGGAACAUUUGUGAAUGGAGUGUAUCAGGUGCAUAAGGUAAGCCCACACCAUUAUUUUGUAAUAUUUCUUCUGCAGGCCCAGAAUUUAAAAGCCUUAACUUGCCAUUUGGAGCUUGAUUAUUCUCAAAAGAUGGAUGCUAAUUUUCUUUUGCAGAAAAGAAUGUGGAAUAAUUUCCUAUAUUACGAAAUACAAGAUAAUACGGGGAAGAUGGAAGUCGUGGUGUAUGGACGACUGGCCAAAAUCAACUGCGAGGAAGGAGAUAAACUUAACCUCAUCUGCUUUGAAUUGGCAUUAGGUGAGAGUAAGAGGCAGCUGAGAUCUGUAAUUCACAGUUUCAUCAAGACCAGCUCCUUUGGAUUUAUCAUUCUAUCUUUUACUUCAUCAGUUCUAAAGAGAUGGAAAGCGAGAGGAACAACUCCAGUGAAACAAAGCAAGCAGGAUAAACCCAGUACUGAUGAAUCUACAUCCACCACAAAGAAAGCUUUGGGACCUGGAUCAAUCAACGAUAAGCCUGUGUUGAAGAGAAAGAAAAACAAAACCACAAAAACUGAUGAAUCUAAGACAGAGCUGACCCAGGAACAGAGUCAGCUUUCAGAACCUUCAGGAACCAGCAGACAAUCAACCAAGAGCCUUCCCCAGACUCCUCAGAUGCCUACACCAAUCCCAUCCAGCAGUUCCUCAACCAAGAGAAAGAAAGACAUCACCAUUAAAACUGAGGGAUCCAAGAGGAUGAAACUAUUCCAAGAGCAGAGUCAGCAUCCAGAAGCUUCAACAACCAGCACAUGCCCAACUGAGAGCUGUCUCCAGAUUCCUCAAAUGCUACCACCAACCCCAUCCAGCAGUUCCUUAACCAAGCAGAAACCAAGACUGAAGGCUGUACCUAAAGAAGCUUCCAAAGAGGAGAAUUUCCAGAGGGGCCCCAAAGAAGUGAUGGUACUGAAAGCCACAGAACCAUUUACAUAUGCCGUCAGCGAAGGGGAGAGAAAGAUGUUUCAUGCCACAGUGGCUACUGAGAGCGAAUUCUUCCAAGUGAAGGUGUUUGAUGUCAGCCUGAAGGAGAAGUUCAUCCCAAAGAAAGUCAUCGCCAUAUCAGAUUAUAUUGGCCGCAAUGGGUUCCUGGAGGUCUACAAUGCCUCAUCUGUAUCUGAUGUUAGUGCUGACCGAAAGAUGGAGGUCUCAAAGAGACUCAUUACAAAUGCUAAUGCAACUCCUAAAAUCAUUCAUCUGUACUUGCAAGCUCCAGGAACAUUUGUGAAUGGAGUGUAUCAGGUGCAUAAGAAGAGAGUGUGGAAUGAGUUCACAUAUUAUGAAAUACAAGAUAAUACGGGGAAGAUGGAAGUCGUGGUGUAUGGUCGACUGACCAAUAUCAACUGUGAGGAAGGAGAUAAACUUCAACUCAUCUGCUUUGAAUUGGCAUUAGGUGAGAGUGAGAGGCAGCUGAGAUCCGUAAUUCACAGUUUCAUCAAGGUCAUCAAGACCAGGAAAAGCAAGGACACAACCCUCAAUCCUGAUUCAUAUAUGAAAACCUCACUAGAUUUCUCCUUCUUAAAACAUGAAUGCCAUUAA